UACCCAGAAGGUUCUAAUCAACAACAAAUUACUGGUUACGGUUACCAAGACGACAAUAAUAAUUGGUAUUUCGACAAAGUUAGAGAAUUCCCAUCUUACAACUUUGAAAAUCCUUCUUCUGAAAUCGAAUUCGUCGAAGACGGCGCCACCUACAGAUUGGUUCAUCUUUUAUCCGGUAAAAACUUACAUUCUCACCAAAUUCCUGCUCCAGUUACAAAAUUAGACUACGAAGUUGCAGGUUAUGGUCAAUUAGAUCAAGGUGAUCAUUUCGAUUACUGGGUCUUAGAAAUUGCCGAACAAGUAGGUUCCGAAAAUGCUACUAGAAUCCACCCAUUGACGACUUCUUUCCGUUUGAGACAUAAAGAAUUAGGCUGCUAUUUGGCUCAAUCUGGCCAACACUUGCCAGAAUGGGGUUUCAGACAAUUGGAAAUGACUUGUAUGAAGAACGUCUCCAAAAAGGAUAAACGAAUCCUAUGGAACGUUGAAUCUCAUUCAAACGAUCAAUUGCCUCCUGUCCCAGAGGAUUUCAAAUUCCCAAGACCAAGAUUUUUAACUAACUUCAUUCACUUAAACUUGGCCAUGAUGGCUACCAACAAUGCCUUGAUCCCAGAUCCAGAAAAGCAUGAUCACAUUUCUUCCUCAUGGUGGGAAUGGCCAACUUUAUACACAGGUUUGAGAUUAGGUGGCUGGUCUGACGAAUUCGCCAAAUAUUACUUAUUAGGUACUCCAAUAACUACCUGGGCUUCCACUUUAGCCGUCUUAGCUUUCAUGCUAACUUUUGUAAUUUUGGCUAUCAGAUGGCAAAGACAAUAUGAAGAUUUACAAGAUAAAACUUCAAGAAAUAACUUCAUUAUCGGUGGUAUCUAUCCAAUGUUGGGUUGGGGUUUACACUACACCCCAUUCAUCAUUAUGGGUAGAGUCACUUACUUACAUCAUUAUUUACCAGCAUUGUACUUUGCUUUAUUAGUUUUAACCUAUUUCAUCGAGACUGGUACCUCCUAUAUCAAAAACCAAAAAGUAAGAUGGAUUUUAUACAUCAUAAUGAUGGCAUCCGUUAUUGGCUGUUUUGCUUUAUUCUCCCCAAUCUCUUUUGGUAUGGUAGGUCCAUCAGAAAAUUUUAAGUAUUUGGACUGGUUGCCAACUUGGAAAGUUCAUGGAGCUGAAUAA